AGCUCUCUUGCAUUUUGAGGUUUAAUUCUAGUUUAUCAUUCUCAUAUUUCAGUUUUUCAAUGCACAAGGAACCAGAGCUACCCAACAAUAAACACAGAGGAUUUGAAGGACAUGUGGGAUGAUAUGGCCAAGGUAGUGGGGGUAUGGGAGACUGUCAAUGAAAAAGAUGUAGAUUCCAUCAAAAAGCUCUGGGGAAGAGCAUUUGAGCAACCAUAUGAGAAGGCUGGAGUUGGACUAGUCGUGGAAUUUGAGAGGGUAGUCCCAGUGAAGCCACCAGUUUACUGGGAGGUUUCGGGUACAGAUGUCAACACCAAAUAUAAGUCCAUGGUCCCCAGAUUCCUUCUAGAGGUCACUUUAAAUUGUUAUCUUCUUCAAUGAUGCUUUUGCCUUUGGUUUAGGACCAAAGGAUCCAGAAACUCGUGGGGGAAUUAAGAAAAAGAAAGUAAUGGAACAAACACUACCAUACCACAUUGUAGCAUCUAAUGUCUUGCAUUUCUUGUCACCUUGUGCCUUUUGCAUUUGCCC